AUGCGUCUCACUACGCUCUUCUUGUCCCUCGCCUCUCUGGCCUGCGCCGCCGAGCUCGGCAUCGAAACCACUCACAAGGUGGAGUGUGAGCGCAAGACCCAAAACGGUGACAAUGUCCAGAUGCAUUACCGGGGUACUCUGCAGGCAGAUGGCAAGGAGUUUGAUUCGAGCUUCAAGCGCAAUGCUCCAUUGGAGUUCAAGUUGGGAACUGGCCGUGUGAUUAAGGGAUGGGACCAGGGUCUUCUCGACAUGUGUAUCGGCGAGAAGCGCACAUUGACUAUUCCCCCCGAGUUUGGCUACGGUGACCGCGGCAUUGGCCCUAUUCCCGGUGGCGCCACUCUUGUCUUUGAGACCGAAUUGGUCGGCAUUGAGGGUGUCGAGAAGGACGAAUUAUAG